UUAGUCACGUAUUCUACUGUUGCAUAAUCACGGGCGGCUCACUUCACAACGACACUCUUCCUCUACCUGAGUAGUGUCGAAGAAAGUUUACGUAAUGCUAAACAUUUUAAAUCUCCCUCGUGGCUCCUAUGAGAUAUUUGGCUUUUUUGUCUGUUUUCGAACAUUGUACUAUGCUCUGAAAAAUUAUGCGCCUACACCAUCUGGACUGAAAUCAUCACCUCCGAGAAAAACCUGGCUGUACCAAAAUAUAUCUGUGUCAUUUGUACACUCCUUCAUUUCAGCUAUUUUAUCAGUCUACUGCUUUUUUGACGAACCAGCGAUGUUGACAAAUAUGCUCACGGCAUGGAGUUAUACAGCCUUUUACCUAAUUACCUUCUGUACUGGAUAUUUUAUUCAUGAUUUCUUUGAUAUGCUGAUGUAUGAUGCCAGUAAUUCUGUGAGUCUUCUCCUACACCACAUAGUGGUAUGCAUGGCCUUUUCUAUUGCAGUUUUCAGCAAAAUGUACAUCGCCUUUGCAGUUUGUUCUCUUUUAAUGGAAGUCAACAGUGUCUUCCUACAUUUUAGACAAUUGUUGAACCUUCAUGGAGUUAGCAAAACUUGUCUGUUGUACCGAGUAGUGCGUAUUGUUGUGUUAAUGACAUUUGUGUGCUUCCGAUUCCUUACCUCUGCAUGGAUGACGAAUUUUGUCAUACAGCAUCGCAAUGACUUACCAUUUACACAUUUCUUAUUUUCUGCAACUGGUAUGGCUAUUAUCUCAGGGCUCAAUAUUCAAAUAUUUAUGGCAUUUUGGCGAGCAGAAUUUAAACCCAACCAAAAUAAGCAGAGAGACCAUUAAAUCCUCAGCUUACCACAACAUUUAUUGUCCAACACAGUUCAGAAUUUUAGGUUUAAUAAUUACAAUUCAAACUGACUAAAAUGAAACACAGUUUCCCAGACUUGCAGGGAAUCAUGUGUGUUUCAUUUUAGUCAGUUUGAAUUGUAUUUCGCUCUACACUCAUGUGUAUUGAGUACUUUCUAGCAGCAUUUACGAAAAUUUCCCACAACAAGGUUUAAUAAUUAUAUUAUGAAUAAAUUGGUGUUACAGUG